AAAAGAACCAUGUCAACUUCAACCUCAACCUCAACUCUAGAUGAACUAAUCACCAAACUCAAAGCACUAGGUUUACCCGAAAAACAAGCCAUCGAUACAGCAAGAAACACAAACCUAGCCAACCAAUUCAUUCAUUUCAAUCAAAUCGAAUCUAAUCCUUCAUCUCUACCAUCCAAACAUGCUACUCUUUUAUUAAAGUGGUCUACUGGUUGUAUUUCUAAAUUGAAAGAUCAAUCUGAUGAAAGGAAACUGUUUGGGGCUAAGAAAAUCGUUUGUAAUGAUUUGAUCACUACACUUCAAGUUGAUGCUGCUCUUGAAUAUUUAUCGAAAGGCGAUGGACCAGUUGAUGAAACAGAAUUUAACCAAAAAUGUGGUGUAGGUAUUUCAAUGAAAAAAGAAGAAGUCAAAACGAUUGUAGAAAACUUUAUCAAACAAUUUGAAUUAGCUCAAACAUCCAAAUGGGCAGCAUUAGGAAAAACCACGGGAGAAUUAAAAAAAUUAGAUACUUUGUUAUGGUGUAAUCCGAUUGAUUUAAAAACUUCGGUAGAUGAAGUUUUCCUGGCUCAAUUCGGUCCUAAACAAUCUGUACAACCUGUCAAGAAAGCUGAAGUGAAACCAAAACCGAUUCCUCAAGUUACUACCUCUGGUAGUACGAAAGCAUCUUUGAAUGUUGAACAACCUUCCGAACCUAGUAUCUUUGAGGUCGGAAUGCUUAGUCAACUUCAUAAACCUGGUGGAAAUCCUCAAACCGACCCGAAACUUGUUCAAGAACAUCUUAAAGCUACUGGAGGUAAAGUCAUCACGCGAUUCCCACCUGAACCUAAUGGAUACCUUCACAUCGGCCACUCAAAGGCGAUUGCGAUCAAUUUCGGAUAUGCAGCAUACCAUGGUGGAAGUUGUAAUUUGAGAUAUGAUGAUACGAAUCCAGAAGCAGAAGAACAGAUUUAUUUAGAUUCGAUUUUAGAUAUGGUUAGAUGGUUAGGAUUCGAACCUGAUCGAAUCACUUAUUCUUCAGAUCAUUUUCAAAGACUUUAUGAAUUGGCUGAAGAAUUGAUUAAAAGAGGAAAAGCUUAUGUUUGUUUUUGUUCUGGUGCUGAAAUCAAAGCGAAUCGAGGAGGAGAAGAAAGAGGUCCUCGAAUCGCAUGUUCACAUCGAUCAUUUUCACCAGAUUAUUCAUUAAAAGAGUUUAGAAAGAUGAAAGAUGGAGAUUAUAAACCGAAUGAAAUCAUACUAAGGAUGAAACAAGAUCUAGAGGAUGGAAAUCCACAAAUGUGGGAUCUAGUGGCCUAUCGAGUUUUAGAAGCUAGUCAUCAUCGUACUGGUAAUCAAUGGAAAAUUUAUCCUACUUAUGAUUUUACUCAUUGUCUUUGUGAUAGCUUUGAAAAUAUUACACAUUCGUUAUGUACAACUGAGUUCAUUCAAUCACGUGUUAGUUAUGAAUGGCUUUGUCACGCUUUAGAUGUUUAUACACCUAGACAAACCGAGUAUGGUAGAUUGAAUUUAGAAGGCACAGUGAUGUCAAAACGAAAGAUUAUGAAGUUAGUCAAAGAAGGACAUGUAGAAGGAUGGGAUGAUCCGAGAUUGUAUACAUUGAUUGCGUUACGAAGAAGAGGGAUCCCACCAGAAGCGAUUCUAAAGUUUGUGAAUUCGUUAGGAGUCGCCACAUCAGUGACGAAUAUUGCGACUCAUCGAUUUGAACAAACGAUUAGACAACAUCUCGAAUUAACUACACCUAGGUUAAUGAUGGUCUUACAUCCGAUUAAAGUGAUCAUUGAAAACUUACCAGAAGAUUAUUUAGAGAUCAUUGAAAGAUCUGUACAUCCAAAAGUACCGGAAAUGGGAAUGAUCAAAGUACCCUUCACAAGAGAGAUUUAUAUUGAACGAGAAGAUUUUAGUUUAACAGAUUCAGAUGAUUUCUUUAGACUAACGCCGAGUAAAUCUGUUGGAUUGUUUCAAGUACCAUUCCCUAUUAAAUGUAAAUCAUGGAAACUUUCGGAGACAGGAGAAGUAGAAGAAUUGAUUUGUGAAUAUGAAAAUCAAAAAAAGAUCACUAAGAGUAAUAAACCAAAGGCUUAUAUACAUUGGGUAGCGAAAUGUGAAAAGAUGAAGAGUCCAGUUAAGAUUCAAGAAACUCGAAUUUAUAAAGCGUUAUUUAAUUCUUCAAAUCCAGCUAGCUUAGAUGAUUUUCUUUUGGAUAUUAAUCCUAACAGUUUAGAAAUCGUGAAAGGUUCAUUGAUUGAGAUUGGAAUUUGGGAUUUAUCGAAACGAAUCUUGAAUGAAGUUUUAAUGAAGAUCCAAAGAGAAAGUGAAGAAAAGAUGAAGAAAGCUAAACUGGCUGGGGUUUCUGGUUUGGUUGGAAAUCAAGUUGGGUUUGAGAAUGUUAGGUUUCAAGGGAUGAGAACGGCAUAUUUUACGAUUGAUAAAACGUCUGAAUUGAAAGCUUUGUUGGAUGAUCAACUUGAAGGUAUUGAAAAGAGUGAUGAUCGAUUGGUUUUGAAUUGGAUUGUUUCGUUGAAAGAAGAUUCUGGAAAGAAGGUUUGAUUGGGAGAACAUCUAAUGGGGUUUUUUCAAGUUGAUUGGUUUUGAAAGGUUGGAAUAUCAGGAAAAGUUGUGAAGUAUCAGAUUCAUGAGUAAAGGAUUUAUUUUUGACUUUUUGGAUUUCGAAAUUGAUUUGUUUGAUAUCAUAUAUACUCGAUUUUAAUUGAUUCAUCUCUUUAUCUUGUUUGAAAUCUUAAAGCUUAUAAUCAUGAGGUUACAGAUUCAAGUUUGAGUUGAAAUUCAUCCAUCUUUAAAAGAUC